ACAAAUACGCUAAUGGCAACCAAUAGCAGUACUGAGGGCCAACAGUUUGAUGUGGCUCCUAUUGAGUCUGACUACUAUAAACUAUUGCAAGUUGAAAAGAAUGCUUCCAAGGCUGACAUUAAAGUGGCAUAUCACAAAAUGUCACGUAUAUAUCACCCUGAUAAGACACAAGACUCAAGGACUGAAGAAAUGAUGAAAAGACUUAAUGAAGCAAAGUCUGUCUUAUUGGAUGAGGUUCAGAGAGCUGAGUAUGAUGAAAAACAUGAAGAUGGUGUUAUUUGUGAUCCUAGAGGAUUCCUCCCAACAGGUAUACGUUUCUCAGAUAUUAUUUUAAAGGAUUUUGACAAGUUCAAGGCAGAUUUUAAAGCUGGAAGAAUCCAAGUCCCAGGGCAAAAGUUUGAACAAUUACUUCAGCGAAAAGUGCGUGAUGCUUUAUGUAAAACAGAGAUAUAUAGAAAUGACAAUAUGUGUCAAAUAACAAAAAGUAACACACCAACCCCAUUGCUUAAUGUAUUGCAAGCAAGUAAUGCUUUGCUAGAAGAAGAUCCUAAUGUCAUAGCAAAUGCAUAUAAAAUACAGCAAAUGUUACUCGAGAUUCAAUCAAAUGGGGUUUAUUCAUCUCCUCCACCAGAAGAUAACAUAAAAGUUUUGUGUUUAGAUAGCUUAUCAAACAAAGAAAUAUUGCUAUUGUAUUCAUUACUACUCAAUGAAGAAUGCUCUUCCACUGCAAAUAUGAGGCACCACCUGGAAGUUUUGAUAUCUAAAACAACAAUUCCCAGAAAUACAUGUACAACUACAACUCCCAAUGACACACAAGGGAAUAAGUGUGCAAAUUGCAACAAGAGAUUGCUAUUUGGCAUGCUAAUUAGAAAAAGAAGCUAUGUAUCUAAUGCCUGUUACUAUUGUCGUAAGCCUUUCUGCUCUAACUGCCAACCAAGAAGUAUAUCCUAUUCACGUCUUGGUCUCACAGAAAAGCAGCCUUUCUGCAAAGAGUGUAAUACAAUACUGGGUAACCUUGAUGCAGAUGACUGGAUGCAUAUGUGCCUGCAAUACUUAGAACAAGGUACUAUAAACUCCACUAAGACAGCACUGGGGUGCCUAACAAUGGUACUACUGAGCAGUAGUGAUACAAUAAAGCCAGUGCUUGAUGUAGCAAAGUGCUUCCUUCAAAAUGACUUGCCAGAGCUAGCAAUGCCACUUUUAGCAUCAGUAAUGAAAGAAAGGAUGACUGUCAAAGCUUUAGUCCAGAGACAAACUCUGACAGCCUCUGUUCUAAUGGCACUUGCUGAAAAACGUGAUGCUCGAUGGGAAGACAGAUUAGAAUUGCUUCAAGCAGCAAAUGAGGCUUGCCAGAUAGCAGAAAGGUACGUUAAUAAGUCAAUGGAAGUGCCUAAACUAGUAGCAGUAUCAAGCAAUACCAAGAAAGCAUUGGAUAGCUUAUUAAAGGAAAAGCCGCUAAAUAAUGAUAUUUUUCAAACAAUAUCAGAGCUUUGGAGCAUCAGAGCAUAUGAUAGGCUGCUAUCAUUUGUCAUACAUAAAAUAUUCAAUGAAGAAGAUGCUACAAAAAAUAAAACCAUAGAAGCAAUUAAGUAUUUUAUGAUGAUGAUAUCAUUUAAUGCAUACAUUGACCAGAUGCUCCAUGAUGACCAAGCAGCACUUUUUCUUUUAAAUGGCAUCAUUAAAUUUGAAGAAGGGAAUUACCAAGAAGGUAUUGCAGAGAUUGAGAAAUCAGCUUGGGCUGGCAAUCAUGACCUUGAAAAAGCACUGGCAGAUGUCAUUAACAAUUACAUGGCUAAAUUUCAAUUUUUUUCAACGAAAGAGUUCUUUGAUCUUUCUGCUUCAAGCAGCAUCUUUAGAAUAUGCAGCCUUGCAUCAACAGAUGAGAAUAGAAGCAGAUGCCUUAAUCUCAUUUUCCCUCAAGUGAACAAUACCCAGUUUCCAAUGCCAACAAAGUGGCCAAAUAUUCAAUUAAUAGGGCUUAAUGUGAAGGGACAUAGAAGGUUUGAGAAUGCAGUGAGUAGUCAAGUGAAGGAAGGGAACUGGAGUGAGUGGGAGGCAGCAUUGGCUUAUAUUGAUUACAUAGCAGCUUGUAAUCAUCCAUUACAGUUCCCAUUGUGCUUCAUGUAUGCAUCACUAUGGAUAUACAAGCAUAUACAAGCUAAUCCCUUGCUCCCUGAUAAUGUUAAACAUGCCUUAACCAAGACAAUAGUUUUUUUCUUAUAUCAAGCUAAUGGGAUGGCUACUCUAAGGUUUGCUCCUGGCAUGAAGUUAUAUGUAUCACGUCUUUCAUUCAGUAUACUCCUGCACACACUUCAACUCACCAAGUCAGUAGCAGGUGAAGAGGCAAUUGAGUUAAUAGUGUUGCUGUUGCAUAAUGUUCUUUAUAACUGCCGUUUCUGUCCCUUGUGGGAAAUGCCUCUAGUUCCACUUUCUGAAAUAGCCUUGCUAAAUAUCAAGGUAAACAAAAUUCACAGCAAAUUUUUACUCACCCUCCAACAUGUCAAACCAGAACAAAUGCCAAUAAAAGAAGCUGAGCUACGCUAUCAGUUAUAUGAGAAUGAUAUACGCCGUGUGCACCCUCUACAAGACCCAGAGGCAGCACGUUCCAGAGCAAUGGAAGGAUUACUAACAGAAAAAGGAUGGACUUGGAAUGAUGUCAACAGGCUAAUGACAUCACCACUCAGUCUCAGAGAUAAUGAUGGUUGGUUUAGUAGAAGACAUACACUAGGGAAAAGCCUGGAGUAUUCAAAGCUUCAUGGAUUUCGCUUCAAUAUAGAUUCAAAGAAUCCCUCCAUUGAGUUGUUAGUACUGCCUGCUAGUUCCAAAGAUGGUAGAUUAGGCCUUUUUUCUAGAGAGGAUGUUAAUACUGUGCUACAAAUGAAAUCAAAUGAAUUCCAACCCGCAAUUUUUAGUUUGGAUCCACCAAGCAAGACUGAACACUAUCAUCCUUUUCAACAGUUUCGAUACAGUCCAAAUAGCUGUCAGAACACUGACUUUCUUCACACCAUGUUUGAAACCGAUUAUCUCAUGAAAUCAUUUAGUGUCGGUUCUGAAGUAUCUGCCAAGCCUCCAUUCAAGCAAAGGCCAUGCAGGGAAGGUCUGCUGAAAGGUCUGCCACAUCGUCUGGUAGAAGCACUGAAACCAGUUCAUGAACGUCCAGGAGGGCAUCAAGGUAAUGUGCAUUGAUUCUGGAUUCAAGCUGACAAGCUA